GGCCUGUUUCCACGUCAGUCAACGUUAUAUCAUUGAGAAGAGUAGUCGUGGGAAGUGUGUUUUUUUUAAUCUGCACAAAUUAAACAUCACAACCAACAAACAUCACAUAUUUCUCAUGUCACUAUAAAGGUUGUCUGCGGUCGUGAUUACUCUUCCGUUCGGCGUCCUUUAGUUGGGAAGCAGCGGAAAACGGUGCAGCUCAGCUGAUAUAAAGCAACCGUAAUAUCCCUUAUUAUAUCGCCAAAAAGGUCUUUGACCGCUUUGAGCGCAAGAAAGACUCCACAACCACCUGUGCCUGGAUUUUUCAAAGAAGAUAACAAUAAAGCCCAUCAACGUCAAAAUGGGAGAGAAACGAGGAAUGCAAGCCCUGGAAAUCUGGUGCCGACAAAUCACGGCAGGAUAUAAUGGUGUUAAAGUUACCAACAUGACCUCAUCCUGGAAGGACGGACUGGCUUUUUGCGCCCUUGUGCAUCAUUUCAGACCGGAUCUCAUUGAUUUCGCCAGCUUGUCACCCGAGAACGUAUAUCACAACAACCAGUUGGCGUUCACUGUAGCUGAAAAUAUCCUGGGAAUACCUGCUCUUCUGGAUGCUGAGGAUAUGGUCAACUAUGUUCCUGAUCGCCUUUCCAUUAUGACGUACCUCUCGCAAUUCUACCAAGCAUUGGCAGCUCCUAAAACUAAAGGUGGCUCUUCGUUAUCCAUGGGUCUCAAACGUCCGGCUGAACGCGGUACUCCGACUUUGGGCUGCAACGAUGCCCCUGAUUCGCCUGUGCCUACGACUGGCGCAACGACGCCCAUCAAAGACGCCAGCCUCGACAUGCGGGGCCAGCCGUACAAAGCUGAGAUAUUUGCCCGUCAAUUGCAAGAUGACGGAGGGCCGUCUAGACAGCAGGCUCGUCGCAACUCGGAUCUAUGUGUGUCGUGUAAAAACGCUGUCUUUCUUGCCGAACGAUUGAUGGUGAAUGGUCGUCUGCACCACCGUGUGUGUUUUCGUUGUGCUCGUUGUCAAUCUCAGCUUAGCCUUGCCAAUUACUAUGAAACAGAACAGGAACAAUAUUGUUGCGAAACUUGUCCGGAUGAAGUUGCCGCCGUCUCCAACCCCACACAACCCAUUGCGUCUGAUCAAGUGAGCUCCGAUCCAGCAAGUGCCAUAGAGACCACGCCCGACGAGACGUCGUCGAGUGUGCGAAAUGUGGUCGAAUCUGUUGCACGAGAGGAGGAGCUUGAACGGGUCUCCACUCCGCAGCAGCGAAGUUUUCUCGACAGCAUGGUAUGCGCUAUUGACGCUCCAGUGGUGGAAGUGACACGUGACUCGCAACCCGUGUUAGUUGAACAUGAUAAAAAUGAAGCUAUUAAUGAAGAGGACGACUCGAAACUGCUGGUGGCCCUGCCUGGUGAUGUCAGUGUUCAAAUAGCAGAUGCCGUCACAGAAACACGAGACGUUACAGUCGGCGAUCCAGUUGAAGAAAGCCAAGUUGUUGAUCAAGUUCCUCAAGAGGGUCUCGCUGACGGAGAAUUACAAGUUGCACAAGGCACGGAAUUGUCGAUAAUUAGUAGUAAAGAGUUGGAAGCACGCCAUGAAAUUGUUAAGUCGGAGAAUGCGCCAGAGACGGAAGAACUGGCUAGUAAGACGGAUGAGAAGACUAGCCCAGAUUUGGCCGUGUCGGUUCACUUAGCGAAUGAAGAAGAUGAUGAAGCCGCCGACAAUGGCGAUCAUGUCAAAUUAUCAAGCACUGAACCUGCACAAGAUGAGGAGUCAGUGAAUACGCCAGAUCAAGAAAAAGAGAUUUCAUCUCCGUUCGCAUCACCUGUCGAGAUUCAAGUGACGACAGCAGAAGAGGAAGAAGUGGAAAUCGUCGUUGUUCCUAAGCCACGGCGGCGGAAGAGCAAACGAUCGUCCACACCUCAAAGCAAAAUUCUUAAUAGGUCGAUCGAUGAAUAUCCAGACGAACUGAAUCCUUUCGACGAUGAACCGCCAAUUGCGGAUUCCCAAUCGAAGCCUGUGGAUCAAAGCUCGUCCUUCAGCUCUGGCUCCAAUCAAGACACGCCCAAAAAAGUGUUAAGCGCUCCCAAAAUUAGUCUCAAUCCAUUUGGCAGCGAUGACGAGGAUGAUGAAGAAGAGAGCAGCAGAAGCGAUCAGGGGAAAUCAGGCGAGAAGGUUCGGCCUGGUAGACCUCCUCCACCCGUACUCAAAUCACCGACGCAAUCGUUGAACGUGAAUCCGUCGCCGUCACCUAAAAAACGACCAGCACCUGCUCCACCCCCUCCGAAGCCUCAGAGGACACCAAGUUUGAUAACCGGUAGUGAAACGGGAUCUAUUUCACGGCGGAAGUCCGCUCCACCGCCCCCAAGUGUCGACACCUCAAAAUCUCCGGUUCCAGCUCCUCGAACUGUGACGGGAGUCGCAACUACACCGAGCCCCAAGCCACGUCUAAUUUCGGCCGUGUCUCCUACGCUACCACCGUUCCCAAGUCCGUCCGAAAAAGCCCACAAAGACUUGUCAAAUCUGCACUUGCAAUGCGGUGUCAAUAAAGAUUCUCACGGCCAGUGGAAAAGAAAGAAAGGUCCAGCUCCACCUCGACCGUCUCCCCAAAAACGCCAACUAAGGAAAUUGCCAUUAAAGGGAAUCCAACAGGAGUUGGACGAUAUUGAGAUUAAACAAGUGGAACUGGAGAGACAGGGAGUCAAUUUGGAACAAAACAUUCGAGAUUUAACUGAGCCGGAAGACGGAAGUGAGCCUACCAGUGAAGGCAUUCAUAUCGAAGAAAUGAUCCUGCAGCUGUUCGACUUGGUCAACGAGAAAAAUGAACUUCUCCGUAGACAAACAGAACUAAUGUACCUCCGGCGACAGCAGCGACUUGAAGAGGAGCACGCUGAACUUGAAUUCCAAAUCCGCUGCUUGUUGGAGAAGCCAAAUGGUGAGAAAACUGACGAAGAUCGGUUGAAAGAGGAGGAACUGAUUAAUCGGCUAGUCCAGGUGGUCCAUCGACGAGCUGAGAUUGUUGACUGUUUAGAAAUGGACAGACGUCGUCAGGUGGAGGAGGACGAAAGCAUUCAACAACAUCUUGACGUGUUCAACAGUCGGGGGGCUAUGUCGACGGCUGCUGAAAGCCAAACUAUUCAAGCGUCUCCUUCCAAGAUCAAAAGCAAAAGCUUGAAAUUGAUUCAAUCGCCGAUCAAGUUAAUGAAAAAAGAUAAACUCCUUAGAAAGUCGAAAAAGAACAAGGUCGAUGCUGACAAGGAAGUCGAUGAAUCUGAAACGGCUAGCACAUCAUCGCCGCCACAAAGUGCCGCCGCUGAUGCAUCAAUCUCACCUCCAAGCAAACCAGCUAGCAAGGAGAAAGAGAAACACAAAACAAAAUCAUGGUUUGCCAAGUAGAAAUGUAUUCAUUUCCAGUUUGUACUGUCUCUUUACCCACAUCUUUCCUAUUGAAUCAUGAGGUAAUUCACACACAUUAUUUUCGUUCGUUUAUUCGCUUUUUUGUGUACGUUCUAUAUAUGCAGUUUAUUCAUUCCGUUAUCUAAUCUCUCAUCUGUUGCAUCAAGUGUGUAUAAAGCUCUAGAUUUCGGAUUACACUUUGCUUGAAACGAAA